AUGUAUCCCGUUCGCGGUGGUGAGUUGGACACUUGGGGGUCCAUCGUCGCCCACGCGGGCGCUUUGCGCGCUAAGUUUCCUCGCGCGCGGCUCCUCUUGGGAAGUGAUGGGAACCUCCACCUGGAUUACGUUGUCUCCCACGGCGCCGGAUGCCGGUGCCUGCAUUGCCACCAACGCUCCAAGGAUAAACUGAUCCAGGAGCGGUUGGACUCUGCAGGGUUGCGCGCCUUUAGCCCGCCAUCGCCCACGCACGUUUCAGGCACAUGUAUUGAUUUGUUUUUGGGCUCCCGCCACGACCCGCUGCCCGCGCACGUCGUGGAUGAAUCUGCGGGGCUUUCUGACCACAGACUCGUGCUGAUUGACGUGCCUUGCCGGGUAACCGCGCAGAAUUCGGCGGGGUUCGGGCGCGUCGCCUGGACUUCGGGCGAGGAGUGGGAGACUGGCCUUCGGGAAGUGGCCAGCACGCUACAGGCGCUCGCCACUGCUAUUGAAACGGUAGGCACUAGUCAGUGGCUCCGGCCACCCUGGCACGGAGGCGGGGCCACCCGCCUCCAGCGCCAGGGCGUCCUCAAUGUAGCCGCCUGGACGCGCGAUACCAUUUAUGCAAUGGUGGGGCAUGCCUCUUCGGCCACCCGCACGACGGGCGUCGCCAGUAGGAGCAGAGACACGUCGCGGCGCCCCCCGCUUGACCCCUCGGCUUACCCGCCCCACGAGGCCUUCCGGGAAGCCGCAUCGGCGGCGGCGUGGCAGGAGAGACGCAAAGCUGCCCACCGCUACCUGGACCUCCGCGAAACCAGCGCUGGCGCCGCCGAGCGCUUCUUAUCGGGAUUUUUCAAGUCAACUGCGAAGUUCGACAUCCAGCUAGUGGAUUCCAUCACUGGGCACGCUUUGUCCACUAGCGGCAUGAUCGAUGCGAUCCGUGACGAUUUGUAUUUGAGGGCCCACAAUGAUUUCCCGCAGUGCCCGGAGGCCAAGGACAGCCUUGCGCAGGCGGUCACCGCCAUCCGCCGCUCGGGGGCGGAGGCGGGGCCCCUGCAUCCGGAACGACCAUGCGCCGACCAUGAGGUCGAAGCGGCGCUUUCCCUGCUCAAGCCAGGCAAGCGCACGGUUCACUUGUGCAACGCAGCCUUGCGGGUCCAGGUUGAGGAGGGCUUCCGGCUGACGCGGGCGCUACUCAAUCUGGGUCGCGCGCUGUGCGUAACGGCCCGUCCAUGGUCUCUUCGCAAUUUCGCCCCCAUCCGCAAGUCAGGGCCGGCGACUGUGCGGAAGAUCAAGUCAUUGCGGCCAAUCUCGCUCACGACUGACAUGGCCUCAGUCCAAGACGCGGCAUGGAUUGCUCGCAAUGGACCUCUCAUCGAGGCUUACUGUGGCCCGUCCCAGCAGGGGGGGGUGGGCGAUACUGUUUCGUUUGUCAUCGCUCUCACUAUGAAUGCCCAGUUGCGGGCCGCGCAAGACCUGCCAACUUGGUGGGCUGUCGCGGACAACAAAUGGGCGUUUGACGUCCCAGCCCGAGUUGAAUCUGUGGUUUUGUACGCUGCCCCGCUCCUGGCCGCCGUGCCCGGCGCGGAAUCAACCAUGAACAAGUUGCAGGUGACUUGGGGCCGUCGCCUUUUGGGGUGCCACAAGGGACCGCCGAUUCGCCAUGCCGUGGUCGUCGCCCAAUGUGGCUGGCCAAUGCGCCUGGGGACGAGAUUUUUAGAGAAGGCGCUGAUGGCGCGAGCACGGCUCAUGGUCCUGCCGGGGGACCACCCAGGUGCCCUCAUGCUGCGGGCGGCUCGGUCUUUGGCCACCCCCACGUGGGAGUCGGCAGUGGUCGCUCUGGCCCAGCGCCUGGCCCCGCCCCCGCCGGACCUCGAGGGGCAUCCCUUAUUCCCCGCCGCCCUGCUGAACGAGGCGCGUGUGUCGUCCGCCGCUAGGAAAGCAAUCCUCAAGUCGUACCGGCUCGAGGUGCUGCGUCCGUCUCUCUUGCGGUAUGACCGCGCAGCAUAA